AUGUCGGCACAGGCACAGGCCGUCACAGUCUCUCUCAAAGAUCUCCAGUCUGGCAAUGUCUCCUUCGAGACCCUGCAGCAGGCCUUUGGCCCCGACUCACUCGGCAUCCUUGUAGUUAAGGACGUGCCUGAGCAGUUCCUUAAGCUGAGACACUCGGCGCUAUCCUACGCCUCGUAUCUCGGCAAUCUUCCUCAGCCUGAGCUUGAAAAACUUGAAAAUGCCCACGCCAAGUACCUCACCGGCUGGUCACUGGGCAAGGAAACUCUCAAAAAUGGCAAGGCCGAUACUUUCAAGGGAUCAUACUAUGCCAACUGCGCCUUUUACGUCGACGCCGCUCUCGAGUGCGCCAAGCCCACCGCCGAGUUCUCCGAAGAGACUUUCCCCGAGUACCUGUCUCCGAACCUGUGGCCGGCCCAGACUGUGCUGCCCGGCUUCAAGCCCGCCGUGACGGACCUCUGCAGCCUCAUCAUCGACGUCGCCGUCCUCGUCGCGCGCGCCUGCGACCGCUUCGCGGAAAAGGAGAUUCAGGGCUAUCCCAAGGGCUACCUCGAGCACGUUGUCAGCACAUCCAACACGACCAAGGCGCGCCUUCUGCACUACUAUCCCCAAGGUAAGGAUGAUGCCACCGAUGGGGAUGAGGACGACUGGUGUGCCACGCACCUCGACCACGGCUGCCUGACGGGCUUGACGUCGGCUAUGUUUAUCGACGAAAAGGAAACCGACACCAGCGUCCCGGCCGCCGCCGGCUCGUCCUCGCUGCCGACGCUGGCCGAGCUGCCCGCGUCGCCGGACCCCAGCGCGGGCUUGUACAUCAAGUCGCGCACGGGCGAGACGUUCCAGGUCAAGAUUCCCCGCGACUGCAUCGCCUUCCAGACGGGCGAGGCCCUCGAGCGCAUCACCGCCGGCAAGUUCAAGGCCGUGCCGCACUUUGUGCGCGGCGUCAAGGCCAGUGUCAGCGACGGCCGCAUCGCGCGCAACACGCUGGCCGUCUUCACGCAGCCCAACCUGGGCGAGGACGUGGACGUGGCGCAGCACCUCACAUUUGGCGAAUUUGCGCGUGGCGUGGUUAACAAGAACACUGUGUCAUAG